UUAACAGAAACCUUCUGUUCUUAGUCUCACGAUAACAAAAUAGUUUCUUCUUCUAGUCAAAGCUACCGGUGGUGAGAUUCGAAAAACAGAUGAUAACCUUCAACAGUUAUGAACAUAUAUCUCCUUUUCGUAUUUAUCAGCGCAGCAUGGGCGGGUCAUCCGAUGCAAAACCCCGAUUUGUUCCAAGGGGAUAUACUUGGAAUAGAUAGCAUAAAGGAUCGCAAUGGGAUUCCGAUAGAAUCUAUGAGAUGGCCUGGUGGAAAAAUUCCUUACAAAAUCGACAGUGCAUUAUGGAAAUUGGAAGCCAACAUAGAAAAAGCCAUGAAACAUAUUUCCAGUCGAACCUGUAUAACAUUUGUGAAGAGGAAAGAUGAAGUUGAUUAUAUUAAUAUUUUUAAAGGGGACGGGUGCUAUUCUUAUUGGGGCAAAACUGGUGGCAUGCAGCCUGUAUCUUUAGGAAGAGGUUGUGAUCCAAUAGGUACCAUUGUCCAUGAAUUAAACCAUGCUAUCGGUUUUGCACAUGAGCAAAACAGAUCAGAUAGAGACGAAUAUAUAACCAUAUUCUGGGAGAACAUUGCACCGGGUGCGGAGGACCAGUUUGAAAAAUUCCAACCAAGUCAAGAAAAGAUCUUCAACAAAUUUGAUUACAACUCUAUAAUGCUAUAUGGGGAAAGUGCUUUUUCUGCAAAUGGAUAUGAAAUUACCAUGAAAGCCAAGAAGAAGGGUGUCAAAUUAAUAGAGCCUUAUGACAAAGGAAAUCUCAGUCCCAGUGACGCAUUUCGUAUAAACAAACUGUAUGAAUGUACAUAAAAAUAAAGUUUAUUUUUAAUGUA